AUGGCCACGGCAAGCAAGGACCAAAACGCCAAGCCUGGCGUUCUGCGCUCCAUUAUCGCGGGCUCCACCGCUGGAGCCGUGGAGAUCGCAAUUACCUAUCCCGCUGAGUUCGCAAAGACCCGCACGCAACUCAAUCGCCGUCUUGCCGAGGGCCAGAAACUCCCGUGGCCGCCAUUCGGCAAGCAGUGGUACGCAGGAUGUACAACACUGAUCAUCGGUAACUCUUUAAAGGCCGGAAUUCGAUUCGUCGCCUUCGAUGCGAUCAAGGCAACCCUCCAGGAUGAGAACGGCAAGAUCUCGGGGCCAAGGACCGUUGUGGCUGGAUUCGGGGCGGGAUUCACCGAGUCUCUUCUGGCUGUCACUCCCUUUGAGAGUAUCAAGACUCAGCUAAUUGAUGACCGGAAGGCGGAGAAGCCGCGCAUGCGUGGCUUCCUUCAUGGGAGCAAGAUCAUUUUCCAAGAGAGAGGCAUUCGGGGCUUCUUUCAAGGCUUUGUCCCCACUACGGCCAGACAGGCAGCCAACUCGGCCACUCGAUUCACCAGUUACACCACCUUGAAGCAGCUUGCAGAGGGCUACGUCGCCCCGGGUGAGAAGCUGGGAACUCUAGCUACCUUUGCAAUCGGAGGUGUUGCGGGUCUCAUCACCGUAUACGUGACUCAACCCUUGGAUACGGUGAAGACGAGAAUGCAAUCCCUCGAAGCCAGCAAAAACUACAAGAACAGCUUUGUCUGUGCCGCAAAGAUCUUCAAGGACGAAGGCGUCCUUACUUUCUGGUCCGGAGCCAUGCCACGUCUAGCUCGACUGAUCUUGAGCGGAGGAAUCGUGUUCACCAUGUACGAGAAAUCGAUGGAAUUGCUGGAUCUCGCAGAUCCGGAGAGAAAGUACAUUUGA